AUGUGGGGGAUGAAGGGCUUCUUCGCGCGGAGCCGGGGGACGCGGCGGCCGUGCCUCAGCCUCGUCUUCGCGCUGCUCUGCGUGGUUGUCGUGGUGGCGGUGUACCUCACGGCGUACAGCGUCGGCCGGGUGUCGAUGGUCACGCGCGGGCAGGAGAAGCUGGAGCUCACCGCCCGCAUCGUCGGCUCGAUGGCGGAGCGCUUCCGCGACUGCGAGGCGCGGCGGCAGCGGCUGAGCAGCGGCGAGGCGACCGCGCGGGCGGCGCUCGAGAUCGCCCGGGACACCCAGGCGAAGCUGGAGGCGGAGCUCGAGCUCUUCCGCAGCCGCAACGUCCUCAGCCUGCGCUCCGUGGCGGAGUGCAGGCGGGAGCUGGAGGCGCUGCGGGAGAAGGGGGUUGGCGCGCUGCUGCUGGCGCGGCUCCUCGACCGCCUCGCGGAGGAGCAGCGGGUCUACCGCGGCAUCGUCGCCCUCGUCAACGCGAGCAGCGGGGCAGGGCGGUGGCAGACGGCCGACCUCCGCGCGGCCACCGCAAAGGAGGUCGGCAGGUGGGAGGCCGCCGCCCGCGACAAGGCGGAGGUUGCGAAGAGGUGCAACAACGCGAUGCAGCGCUACAGUGUCGUGUUCGACGCCGGAAGCACCGGCAGCCGCGUGCACGUGUUCCGCUACAGCUUGCUCUCCAACCCGCACGCCGGCGAGUUCGUCGCGCACGCCAGGCGGCCCUCGCUGUUCCCCUUCCUGCGGCUCGAAGACGAGCUCUUCGUCGAGAACCACGAGCCCCUGUCUGGGUUUGCCAGCGCCACCGCCGCUGCCGCCUCACUCCUGCCCCUGCUGGACGCCGCCAAGUCGUACGUCCCGGCGUCGCUGCACGCGUGUGUGCCGCUUGAGCUGAAGGCAACAGCCGGGCUCCGACGCAUCGGACGCGAGCGGGCACAGGCCGUGCUCCACGCCGUCCGUCGCGUCUUUGAGCGUGGGCCGUUUUGGUUGCAGUCGGAGUUGAACUCCGUGCGCAUUCUUGAGGGGAGGGAGGAGGGGCCGCUCGCGUGGCUCACCGUGAAUUAUCUUCUCGGCACCCUCCACGGUGACGCCAAGACGGCCACCAUCGUCGACCUGGGCGGGGGAUCGACGCAGAUCGUCAUGCACCCUGGCGACGCCAAGGUACUGAGCGCGUAUGCAGAAUUCUCGCACGCGCUUAACGUGAGUGGUCGCUCGAUUCUGGUGUACCAGCACAGCUACGAGGGCAAUGGAUUACAUGCGGCGAAGGAGCAGCUGCUUCAGGCGGUGGCGGCCAACGCGGCGGGCGAGAGCACCGUCGCACAUGCGGCGAGCACCACCAACAAGACGGGCAUAAAUAAUGGGCUCAACGCGUCGACUGCCAUCGUGCACGACGCAUUUCCUUGCUUCCCAAAAGGGUACGUUCACAGGGAAAGCGGCAUCUCCAACACGCGGGAUGGCGGCCAGGCGCCGUCGAUGCAGGCCUGCUCGGACUUUUUCCGCCGUCACGUGGUGCGGAAGCAUGAACCGUGCGGCGGGGAUUCCUGCGGGUUUAACGGUGUCUUUCAGCCGAACGUCACCAUUGCAUCAACGGGCCCAUUGUACGCCUUCUCGUUUUACUACGACCGCCUGAAGCCUCAUAUCAAAGACGAGGUCAUACUUGUGCAGGAUGUCUUUGAAAUCGCCACUCGCGUGUGCCGUUCCAUGAAGUCCUUGCAAGAGCUUUCUGCAACGAACGAAGCGGCGAAAAAAGCGGGGUCGCUGAAGCCCGAGAUGGAGUGUUUUGAGCUUUCCUACCUCUUUACGCUGCUGCAUCACGGGUUUGGAUUUCCGCUGGAGCAGCGGCUGCACAUUGCGAAGAAAAUCAAUGGAUUUGAGACCGCCUGGGCGCUUGGUGCCUCCCUAGUCACCCUGGAAGGCCAGUCCGCUUAA